GCCAGAAGAUUCGUCAGCAACAACCCCUUCCCAGUUCCCACCGCCUCUCUUAUCAGUAGUAAGCCAACUAAAUGACCUAAUGACUUGUGGUGGAGACGUGGGUCUACUUCACCAAG